AUGCCUCUGAUCUAUGGAGAGAGAGACAAGGCUUUCCAAAGACUCCAGCAUGCCAUUAUUCGGGAGAUUGACGAUCAGACUAUCCUGGCUUGGGGUACUGGCUUUGUUGAACCGGGAGAGGUCGAUCAACCUCACCAUGACCACCAGCCACUCCUUGCCACGAGCCCCUAUGCUUUCAAGGACUGUGGCAACCUCGUCCCAUGCAGCAGCCCACAAGCCAAGGCAAGGCUAGAAAUCCGCCAGGACGGUGUACGGAUUACCUCUCCCAUUCUAUGGGACACUGAGAUCUUUGGCGACACCCGUUACAACCCACUGGUCACGCAAGGCUGGCAUCUCGUGCCUAGGAAAUCGUGGUGGACUGAGCCUCUCAGGCGAACACUGAUACCUCUCGACGCUCCAGCAGAGCUGAAUUAUCAAGCCGCGAGACAAGACGAGGGCUUCAUUAUUCGAACACUCCCGAAAGGUUACAGCAUCAAAGAGUGCUACGAUCCCACAGAACCAUAUCCAUUUGUUCCGCCAUCACUUCGCAUCCCCGAUGCCCACCCCUGCGGACUGAGUCAUCCCAUUAUAGUUGCCAUCGGAACGCAUUCACAACCCACCAUUGCUCUUAUAAUUCGGUAUCAAUUCGACCUGGCCCAGCACCUAUCCCCCAAGCCCCAUGGCGAGUCCAAGGCUCAACCUACCUCAGCAUCCCCUGAUCCUAACCGGCAACCAUGUAGUAUACGAGGCCGGAUUGUUUAUAUUCCUGAUGGCUUCGACCUGAAGAAAGUUGCCGAAAUCGACGAGAUGGAUGUUAAGCAACAAUGGGAAUCUUUAAAGGCCACCAGGCCGGACGCGAGGUUCUUACCAGGCAAUCGGCUGGACUAUUGGGAGAGCAGACUGCAAAAGUGCAUCUGGCUACUGCCGACAUUUUCAAAAGACCCUGGGUACGGUAAUUAUGUGUUCAUCUUGGAUAUCAAGGAUAUUCAUGGGAAGGCUGGAAGGGUGUUCAAUGAUGCUGCUAACAGGGGCUUCCCGGCAUCUAUGCCCGAGGCGCUGCACGCCAUCGACUGUAGACCCGAAAUAUGCGAGCGUCUUCUUCUCACUGCCUUGUAG